CCAAGGUCAGCGGAUAGCCCGAGCUGAUCUUUCCAGGAUGGCGUCCGAGUCGGUGAAGGUGGUGGUCCGAUGCCGGCCUCUGAACAACCGAGAGAAGGCGCUCAACUGUAAGAUGGUGGUGUCUGUUGAUUGCAGCCUCUGCCAAUGUUUCAUCGAGAAGCCAGGAGCUGCAGAGGAGCCGCCCAAACAGUUUACGUUCGACGGGACGUAUUUCAUCGAUCAGACCACUGAGCAGAUGUACAACGAGAUCGCUUAUCCUCUGGUGGAGGGUGUCACUGAGGGAUACAACGGAACUAUUUUCGCUUACGGACAAACAGGAAGUGGAAAAUCCUUCACCAUGCAGGGUAUGCCAGACCCCCCAGCUCAGAGAGGGGUCAUACCGAGAGCUUUCGAGCACAUCUUCGAGACCAUCCAGUGUGCAGAAAACACAAAGUUCCUUGUACGAGCUUCCUACCUUGAGAUCUACAAAGAGGAAAUCAGGGACCUUCUGGGAAAAGACACCAAACAGAAGCUGGAGCUGAAAGAGCAUCCAGAGCAAGGAGUGUAUGUGCGAGAUCUCUCCAUGCACACGGUGCACAGUGUGGUAGAGUGUGAGCGGAUCAUGGAGCUGGGCUGGAAGAAUCGCUCAGUGGGAUACACACUCAUGAACAAAGACUCCUCUCGCUCGCAUUCCAUAUUCACUAUCCACCUAGAGAUCUGCAACAUAGAUGCUGCUGGUGAAGACCAUUUAUGUGCCGGAAAACUCAACUUGGUGGACCUGGCUGGCAGCGAACGCCAGUCCAAGACUGGUGCUACUGGAGACCGUCUUCAAGAAGCCACCAAAAUCAACCUGUCCCUGUCAGCACUGGGUAACGUCAUCUCGGCGCUGGUGGAUGGACGCUCCAAGCACAUCCCGUACCGUGACUCCAAGCUUACUCGGCUCCUUCAGGACUCCUUAGGUGGCAACACACGCACUCUCAUGGUGGCCUGCCUCUCCCCUGCUGACAACAACUACGAGGAGAGCCUGAGCACGUUGCGCUACGCCAACCGCGCCAAGAGCAUCCAGAACCGUCCACACAUCAACGAAGACCCCAAGGACGCACUACUGCGCCAAUACCAGGAGGAGAUCAAACAGCUGAAGGCGCUCGUCUCCGGGCAGCUCGGGACCGUACGCCUCGACUCUUUGCUAGCAGGUCAGCGGUCACAGGUGAGCACAGGCAUCCAGUCCAGACCACAGAGCAGCGAGAAGGAGAAGAUUAAACAGGAUUACGAGGAGAAGCUUGCCAGACUGCAGGCAGACUACAACGCAGAGCAAGAAUCCAAAGCAAAGCUCCAGGAGGACAUUGCAACCUUGAGAAUGUCUUAUGAGAGCAAGCUGUCCAGCCUGGAGAGAGUAAAGUCUUCCCGAGCCUCAGCAGCGCAACGUUUUAUUUCCAUGACGUCAUCAGGUCUGGACUUUUCCGCAGCAGACGACUCCACCAAAGAGAUCAGUCCUGUAAACGGAGCCGCCCCUGAGCCCUCAGAAGCUUCCCAAGACACGUUACAGGAGAGCGAACCAAACAAAGGAGUUAUAAGAGUGGGUCCAGGGGGAGAGCCCGGAGUUCUAGAGUCAGCGGUCGUUGCUACGCCAGGCCCACUGGAUCAGAAACAUGUUUUGGAAAGGCUUCAUCAGCUAGAGCAGGAGUUUGUCGGUGGCGAGCAGUCGAGAAACGAGGAGCUGAGACAGCGGCGGAGACAGAGGAAGACUCUGGCUAACCAGAGGAAGAAGCAGCUGAUCGAGGCUCUGACUCAGUUCAGUGAUGAAGGCGACGCCGUCCUGCUCAACGUCUAUGACUCCAUCCAGGAGGAGGUACACGCCAAGAACAGACUGCUGGAGAACACACAGAGCAAGCUAAAAGCUGCCAAGUUGGAGAUCCGAGAUCUGCAGGUGGAGUUUGCGGCUGAGCGUGAUGACUACCUGGCCUCCAUCAGACGUCUGGAACGUGAGACGCAGCUCCUGCAGGGCCUCCUGGAGCGCAUGGUGACGCUGGUGCGCAGGGACUGCAACUACAGCAACCUGGAGCGCCUGAGGAAGGAGGCGGUGUGGGACGAAGAGAGCGGCGUGUGGAGGCUGCCCGAGGUGCUGCUGCAGAAAACAGCGCUUCCUGCAGCAGUGCCUCCAUCGGCAGCUAGCGGCACUUCCAGACUCCCAGGACGCAGGAACUCGGCCUCGGAUCCAGCAGAGCCUUUCCUGGAGGAGGAGGACCGUUAUAAAGAGAUGCUAAACCGCAGCGACAGUGAAAACAUCGCCACUAAUUACUUCAAGAUGAAAAGGGCCAAUCAGCUUUUAUCAGGAGAGUCCAUGAAGAACCUCGGAAACAUCCCGUCGCAUCAGAACUCCUGCGGCUCAAACUCCAGCGCGGAGGCCAUCCUCCCUCGCCCGUUUCGCCUGGAGUCUCUGGGCAUCAUGCCAGCCAACAGCAAAGCCAAGAGAAAGAAAAGCAAAGUGUAUGUCUCCUGUGAUGGUAUCUGAUCCCCCAGUUUACUGUCCUUGUGAGUGAGCUAUAUACAGGGAGUGCAGAAUUAUUAGGGAAGUUGUAUUUUUGAGGAUUAAUUUUAUUAUUGAACAACAACCAUGUUCUCAAUGA